AUGGAAGAAGUGUUUCCACCUUAUCAUGUUUUUAUUAAUCACAGAGGACCUGAUGUCAAAAGAACUCUUGCCAGCCUCAUCUAUCACCGUCUGGAAGGCCAUGGUUUGAGGGUGUUUCUCGAUAAACAUGAAUUGCAAGCGGGAGAUUCUUUAACCCCUGCAAUUAAAUCUGCUAUUUGUAGUGCCUCUGUUCAGAUCGCUAUUUUCUCCAAAACAUAUGCACAAUCCGCUUGGUGUCUGAAUGAGCUCUUAUGGAUGUUCGAUUCUCGUUCUAGUAUUAUUAUUCCCAUCUUUUAUGACAUUCAACCUUCAGACCUUCGCCAUGUUGACCAAGGAGCAUAUGCCGGAGCCUUUCAACAACACAGAGAGAAGGGCAGGGUUACCAUACAACAACUGGAGAGCUGGAUAAGUGCCCUCAAUAAAGUUUCUGCCAUUUCUGGCGUGGUGAUCAGCACAGAGGAAGAUGACCUUGGAGAGCGUCUUGAAGAAAUUGUGGAGAUUAUAUUAAAAGAGGUGAGAAGGGAAGAUCUGGAUGUGGGCAAAUACCCAGUGGGACUCCGUCAAGCGGCAGAGCAUUUCGAAAGGGAGGUUUUGAAUCCAAGUGAAAUAAGUGGAAUCAAGGUUGUGGGUAUUGUAGGACUUGGUGGAUCAGGCAAGUCAACUCUGAAAUUGGGUUUUCAGGACACGCUUAGAGGCAGGAGCAUGCUUCGAGAUCGUCUACGAGGGUUGAAACGUGUUUUGAUUGUUUUUGAUGAUAUGGCUAAUACAGAGCAAGUAGAGAAUUUGUUAUUUGUGAAGGAUGUUGUUGGAAAUGGCAGUCUGAUUUUGGUGACAUCUAGAGACCAAACUUUGUUUGUCAGUUCUAAUAUAGAAAUAUACAAUAUCAAAUUGUUAGAUUCAGAAAAUGCCCAAGAGCUCUUCUAUUGGCACGCUUUCGGGCACUCUGAACCAGUAGACGAUUUGCAAAAUAUGGUUGAAGAGUUAGUUGGUAUGUGUAGUGGGUUUCCAUUGGCUUUGAAAGUUUUAGCGGGGCAGUUCCACAAUGAACAUGAUCCAGGGAAAUGGAAGAAGGAAUUGGACAGUCUCCGUAAACAACUGCCGAAUAACAUAUUAAAGCAGAUAGUAAAGGAUAGUUAUAAAUCUCUUGACAUUAGAGAGAGAGAGGCCUUUUUAGACAUUGCCCAUUUCUUAAAUGGAGAAGACGUAGAUCUAGCAGAGAAGGUUUUGGAUGGAUUGAAUGGUAGCGGUACUCAAUGCCUUCGGACGCUCCGUCGUAAAUGCCUCGUGGAGUAUGAAAGUGCAGACAUAAUUCUUCCAACAACAAUACGUGCUGAAUUUGUAAGUUGGAGGAGAGGGGUUUGGAGAAGAGCAAAGGGAAGUUUGAAAGUAAGAAUGCACGAUUUAGUGAGGGACUUGGCAAGACAAAUCGGCAGAGAGGAGUUGCCACUACGCUUUUGCUGCAGGAAACAUACAGUGGUCCCCCGACAUGUAUCUGAUUGGCAGUUUAUAAAGAAGGAGUCUCCAGGCAAAAAAAUUCUUCUUUGGUUCAGUCGGAUAAGACCAGGAUCUCGAGAGGGUAGAUUGCCAUUGUUUGGAGUCCCAGGUGCAGUUAAGGGUUCGAGGAAUAAGUUCGAUGUACGAGGAAUUCGUAGAGAUGACGAGAAUUGCCUGAAGUGGAACGGAUUCACUCUCAAAGAUAUUGCAGGGAAAACGGCAUGGCAUCCAUUCUUCCAAGUUAUGCGGAUCCAACAAGCUACACGUCGCAUCCUGGAUGAUUGUAAGUGGCUCAACCGAGACGAUGACGAUCAGUUGCCAUAUGAAAAUAUAUACGGAUUAAAACUUCUGGCGUUGCAAAAUUCCUCUCUUCUUCAGCGAUUGAAUAGUGUGUCCGGAGAUUUGAUAUGGUUGCGCUUGCGUCGAUCCAAGGAUACUCCUACUCCUAUCCUUUCACGGAGAGGUAUAAGCAAUCUCAUUCCUUAUACUAUCUUACUGAAAAUUUUAAGAGUGUUGGAAGUUCAUGAUGUCAACAAUCGAGAUUUCAUCAACUCGUUUUAUGAUCGUGAGCCUCUUUUACAUCUGCAAGAAUUGACAGUCACGUGCACAAGUGACUCUCAGAUGUACAAUCCAUGGACCGCUGGUCCUUCAACAGCUGGUUUCAGAAAACUGAAGUUAGCCUCCAAGAUUUCAGACUCACUGCGACAUCCAAUUCCUUCAAAAGCUGUUUCCACUAAACUGUCUUCAGUAUCAAAUGCUCCUGAUUUAUUUCAGAGUCAAAUAAAUAUUGGACACUGGCUUUGGGAGUGGUUAGGAAAACAGAAAUGGAAGAAUUUGGUUAAGCUAAUUUUACAAAAUAUUGAAGACAUGAUGACACUCCCAUUUAAGUUUGAGGAAGUAAGAAACCUCAGACAUGUAGAUCUAUCUGGCUGCACCAAUUUGAAGGUUUUGCCAGAUUGUUUUACAGAAGAAUUAUUGCAACUUCAAUAUUUAGCACUGCGAGAUUGCAGGAAUCUCAUUCUCAGAAAUUUGGGAAAAAUCUCCACGCUUGAGUACCUCGACUGUGAGGGUUGCUCUAUGCUGAAUGAACUGCCGGAGGGAAUGGAGGCUCAAAAGUCCUUAAAGCAUUUAAAUGUUCUCCGUACUGAGCUGACGAAAUUGCCUCAGCAUCUAGAACAGCUGGAAAAUCUGGAGGAACUACUUAUAGGGAGCUCAAAAUUGAUAGAGUUACCAUCUUCUCUAUAUACUUUGAGCAGAUUAACAGACUUGGCCCUGUUAGGAUGCACAAAACUGUUUUAUAUUGACAACUCAAUUGAAAAGUUAGUGCAUUUGGAAAGGUUUAGAAUAUAUAAUUGCGGACUGAAAGCAUUACCAGAAAGAAUUGCGUGGAUGAAUAUGAAAAUUUCGGAUGUUCAAGAUUGUCCACUUGGUUCCAACCACUUAGUGAUAGGAGUGGAUUCAGCAAAUAUUUCACCGGAUAGUUCUCAGGUGCAGAGAAACAUUGAUCACGGUGCUCAUCACAAUUGCUCAAGUUGUUUGACAGAUCUGAUAAUAAGAGACAGCCAGAUUUUAAAGAUAGAUAUUCCUCGGGCCGAAAGUCUUUUUCCCAAGCUUGAAAUUGUUGAUCUUUCCAGCAAUAUCUAUUUGAGAGAGAUUGGUAGGUUACCAGGCAGUUUGAUAACCCUGAACCUGACGAACUGUUCAGAGUUGAGAACACUGGCGUGCCUCUCUAAUUUGGCAGGACUUAAAGUUCUUGACAUAAGUGGAUGUAUCGAACUAGAAACACUUAAUGUGGAAGGUCUCAACUCAAUGGAAGUAAUUAAAGCCGACAUGUGUUGGAAAUUGCAGAGCAUUCAGGGACUGGGGCAAUUGCAAAAGUUGUCUUAUUUUCAGAUCUCAGUCGAUAGUUUGCCCAGAUCGAGUUGCACUGACUUUUUGACUUGUGCUCCCAAUAUAUCAACGGCCGUCCUUUCCGGAAAAUCUAUGAAAAUGGAGGCCGUUGAUAAAAUGGACAGAGUUGCUCGCAGAUUUGAAGGUAUUAAAGUGCGUAGCAGUUUAGAGAGCGCUCAGUUGGAGCGUACUGUUAAGCUGAAAGGUGCUAUAUUUCUAUACCUUAUAACGGAUCAGGACUGCAACAUUGAAGUGACAUUUUUUGGUCAUGUUUACACCGCCCACUCUUCUCGUUUUGAAUAUCCAGUACAUAUACUGAUGUGGACAAAAGAUUCAGAAGUGUAUAAAGAUUUUAAAUCCUCUAGUGAUAAAGCAAGAGAUUUUAGUUGGUUGAAAACGCCAAUCAAGAAAGGAUGGAUAGUACAAGCCGAAAAUUCAGAGGUUUGUAAGCGGUUCAUAAGUUAUCUCUUCGUUGAGGGCUACAUAUGA